AUUAAAUAUUAUCUGUGAGCCAAAUCAAAAAUUUAAAAAAAUAAACUAAGUCCCUACAUAUAAUUUAUAUUUAACUGUGACUAAAACAAUAUCCAUAAACAUUUAAUUAAUUUCAGGAUGUGUUUUCCGACUGGAAAAUGGAAAUAAUUGAUUGGAACUGAAAUCUCCCGAAGCAUUAAAUAUAUUCGAUCCACUUUUUCUGUACAAGGAUAAAUUUCGAGUGAGUAAAGCAAUGGCGGAAUGGGAACAUUUAAUCAACGAAUGGUUAUCAGAAUAUUCAUCACUGCAAGAUAACGAAAUAAAGAGCUUUGCAGCUGAACAUGAACACAAUCAUGAAAUCGCAACAGCUCUAUUUAACUUGUUUUACAGUGGUAGCGAAAAUGAUUCAAAUCCAAAUAUCAAAGCGGAAAAUACUGCACAGUUUGAAGAGAUGUUGGAAAAUGUGUGCACUCAGUUGUUCAGUUUUUAUAGAUCCAAAGAGGAAGAGUUGCAGAGAUUUACACUUCAGUUCAUUCCAACACUUAUUUUUAAUUAUCUUAGCUCAGUUGCCCUUAGUAAGAAAAAAGCCUUUAGGUGCAUAGAAACACUUCUGAUAGGUUUGUAUAAUUUUGAAGUGGUUGAUGAAACUGGAAAACCUAAAGUUGUAUCAUUUAGAUUGCCCUCUUUGGCCCAACCAUCGAUAUACCAUGAGCCAUUGUCAUUGGGAUCCCAAUUCCUAACUGAAAAUGCUCUGAGACGUUGGGAAGAAUGCAACACAAAACUUGUAAGCUGGGGACCGCUUUCCCAAGUAGAUGCCAUAAAUGCGCAGAAUCGCCUCAAGGUUAUGGCUGCUUUGCUCUUCAUUUAUAAUCGGCAGCUGAGUUUAUUACCAAAACUUGCACUGAGGCAUUUUUGUAUUGCAGCCUCCAGAAUAGUCACCCAAGGAUUCCACAAAAAAAUUGGUAGCUCCACUGUGAAAUCAGUUCCAAGAAUUCCAGUAUCACCUAACUUUCUGUUGGAAUUGAUAGAAGGGGCAUACUUUGCAAUGUUCAAUGAAUUCUACACAUUAGCCCUGCAAGCAGUCAAAGAUAUCGAUCAACGAGCGCAGUACGAACUGUUUCCUGAUGUUAUGUUGGUUACUAGUGCCGUAAUUAAUUCCCUUAAAAAUAAUUCUUCAGGCCAACCAUGCGAUGGACCAAUGGGCAUCAGUGUAGCAUUAUCUCCAGCGACAACCACAGUCACCAUGUCUAAAUCAAUGAUAACAAAUGCUUCAUUCCGAACCAAAAAGUUGCCAGAUGACAUCCCAAUUCAAGCGGGUCAAGUGGUCCCUACAGAAUCGACAGACAUGUUAACGUCUAUAACUGAAGAAGGAGAAACAGACUCCACGCCAAUUCAAAGAGGCGCCGCAGUGCGAAAUUCUAAACCGAAACUCGGUUCCUUCGGAGUAAUCGGGAAAAAAGGAAAAGAUACAAAAGACAAAAAUGCUACAGUAGAUAAAAAAGUCACAGUGAGAGAUUCUGCCAAAGGGAUUUGGAAUUCGUUCGGUGGUGGCGGUGGCGAUGUUGUAGAUGCACAACAAAAAGCAGGUUCGACGGACGGCUCAACAGAAGCCAAUGGCAGUUUGAAAGAUGACAAAAUGUCAAUGAGUUCAAUGCAAAACAGCACAGACAAUUCUGAUUCCCGUUCUCAAAUAACUUCUGAUUCUUUGGAUCUUGAUACUACGCCCAGAUUCGCUGCUAUGCAAGUCAGUUCUGUAUGAUGACCAUUUGAUUGUUUCUCCAAAAUUGUUAAAGGUAGACUUUUGAUGUUUCUUGUUGUCUGUACUUAAUCACGUUGCAUAUUGCAGAUACUUUGGAGUAAGGGGUUUCCUUCACAUCAUAAAUUCUUUGACUAUUAUCAUAUAUUCCUAACUCAUUUAAAAACAAGUUAUUUCUUAUCGAAAUAUUAACUAGAUUAUCGAUCGAACUGACAUUCAAAAUUGACAGUAUUUUUUUUUUGUUUUACGUUGUCACUACAAAUUAAACUUUACUUUGGUUGCCCAGUGUAUUUAUCUAUUAAAAUUAUUAAGUCUUUAUCUUUUGCGGGUAGACGGAGUCAAUAGUGACAAGAUCAUGGUAAACUGGAUAAAUGUUUGUUAAAUUUAAUGCAUGUCUAAUAAAUCUAGACUUUGUUCCAUUGAAAUAACACUUACCAAAUGUCUGUAACAGAUCGUUUUAAUACUAAACGUGAAAUCAAUAAGUGACUUGUCUUUCAAAAUACCGUACUAGUUUCUUACUGACAUACAAUUUUCUUUUCAGUUGAAAUUAUUGUUUCUUCCGAUUGAUUUUCAUUGAAUACUACUUCGUAUUAUGUUAACUGUAAGGUGGUAGAUAUAGUUGUAUAUCAGUGGGAAUAUUUUAAGACAGCGACAAUAUAAAUUAUGUUUUAAUAUUAUUUAAAAUAUAUUUUGUUUUUACUCAUA